GUCGCCCCGGCUGUUGCAAGAUAUAGAAACCGCCAACGCAUUGACACUAAAAAGGGGCGCUCCAGUCUCUCGCAAAGCAUCUGUUGAAGGUUGGUCUGACGAUAUUGAAUGCUCAGUUGAGGAGAGCUGGAUCACUUGAAACGGCAGAAUGUCGUUUGAUACUCUCUACAAACAAUGAUUACAUAGGUUUGCUUGGUGCUGCGAGAGCGUAUGGCUUUAUCAUUGAAACAGUUGAUAGAGGAGGACGUUGACAUCUUUACAUUAUUUUGCUCCACUAUACCGGAAUAGGCCAGUGUUCAACAUGGGCGUUUUUCAACGAGUAAUGAAUUUCCUAGACGUUCGCACGGUUCUGUUGGGGUUGUUUUGUCUGCUGGUGUUGCGCCGGUGGCUCGGCCGGCCAAAGAACCUGCCUCCCGGCCCCUGGGGCUUCCCAGUCCUCGGCUCUUUCCCAGCCAUUGCCUGGGCGAUGUGUCGGGGCUUGGAGCCACACCAUCUUUUUAAGAAGUAUGCCGAGAAAUACGGGCCUGUGUUUUGUCUGAACAUUUUCAACAAGAGAGUGGUGGUCCUGAAUGACUACGCUUUGGUGAAGGAAGCAUUCCAGCAUCCACAGCUAAGUGACAGACCAAAAAAUCUCAUCACUGAGGUGUCCAAGACAGAAGAGGUCCUCUUUUCUUCGGGCGAAGUUUGGAUGGAGCUGCGUCGGUUCUGCCUGACUGUACUCCGGAGUUUCGGGGUCGGAAGGACGAGCUUCGAGGAGAAAAUUGGUAUUGAGGCCGAGGAACUCAUCAAAGAAAUGGCUGCCUUCAAGGGCGGGCCCUUUAAUCCAAAACCACUCCUUGGCAACGCGGUGGCUAACGUCAUCUGCUCCGUCAUCUUUGGUAAGCGCUAUGCAUACACUGACCGGGAGUUUGCCCAUCUUCUUGAUUUGCUAAGCCGUAACAUUAAGCUGGCCGGAGACGGAGGUAUGACUCUUAUCUUUCCCAGUAUGCGUCAUCUCCCCUUUCUUCCUACUUCUGAGCUGAUAUCAAAUCUGAAAGCCAUUCGGGCAUUUAUUAAGAAUGUCAUUGACUCCCAUCGUAAAACUUUCGACGCUGACAACCUAAAAGACCUUACCGACGUGUAUCUGAUGGAGAUCGAACAAAUUCAAGCCAAAAAUAAAGGGGGAGGGGAAUUCGAUGGGGAAAAUCCCCAAACUUCCAGAUAUAGUCACUUGGGUGAACGUAACAUAGUAGGAACAAUUUCCAAUCUCUUCGCGGCUGGCUCAGAGACUACGGCGACCACCCUUCAGUGGUGUAUUCUGUACAUGAUGUUGCACCCUGACGUCCAGAGUCGAGUCCAGGCUGAGAUCGACGACGUAGUCGGUCGCAACCGGCUGCCCAGAAUGGCCGACGUUCCGAAGCUGAAUUUAACCCGAGCGGUUAUCUGGGAGGUCCAGCGCCUGGCUAACAUCGUUCCCUUGGGCGUCCCGCAUUGUGCUGCUUUGGACACCACCAUCCGAGGUUUCCUGAUCCCAAAGGGUUCUUUCCUCAUGUCGAAUUUGUGGAUGAUCUUUCAAGAUGGGAGGGUUUGGCCAGAGCCCAGGCAGUUCAAACCCGAGCGAUUUUUGAACGAAAAAGGAGAAGCAGUCAGGACUGAAAAGUUGAUACCGUUCAGCAUUGGCAGGCGUAGCUGCAUCGGCGAGCACCUGGCCAAGAUGGAGCUCUUUCUCUUCUUCAGCUUCUUCAUGCAUCAGUUCACCUUCAAGAAACCCGACAACUCUCCUCCGCUGUCGCUGUCGCUCAAGGGAAGGGGUGGCAUAACGCGGUCCCCGCUGCCGUUCGACACUUGCGCCAUCUUACGUGACUGAUGUACAUCUCCACCCGCAUUCCCAGAUUUCGUUUUAUUUCUAAUAUCUUUCCAGAAGUAUUCUUUCCAGAAGAAAAAAUACCCUUGACAAGAAAAUGAUUUUCCUAUUGCACGUUCAGAAACGAUACGGGAGCCACAGGGGUAAUGAUUAUUAAGAAGUGCAUUUGGUAUAAUCCCAUCAUAAUAGACAUUUUUCACUUUUUUUCUGUAAAAUCCCCCCUUACAAUUUUUAUUAUAUGUGAAAUGUGAACAUGGAUUUUUUUAUCGAGCCACGAAAUAUUGACUCAGCUCGUAAAAAGUUUAUCAGAAGAUGUGACUUAACCCAAUAUUAAAAUUAUUUGUCAUCAAUAUGCAUAUUUUGGAUUAAGCUAAUGCCAUGCUGAGGAAGCACGUAACCGUAUCCACACUUUCCUUUUGAUGAUGAACAUGGUCAACAUCUGUUCAUCUUCUGAAGAGCGCAUGUGGUAUAAACGCUGAGGAUGACCAACUAAUGAAAACAAUUUUGAAGAAUUUUUAAUUGUUUAUUAUAGAAGCGCUAGAGCCAGAUUAAUUCUCGGUGAGGAAAACUCAAUAAAAAUAGAAUAAAGAUAUAGCUUUUCUUGAGCGGGAAGGACGAUAAAAAAGCACUUCCGUUUGGUUCGUCCGUUUUUUGCCAAAUACCAGAAACUUCACUCGUUGAAGAAACGACUAUCCUCUGAAAGCCAAAGGCAGGACUGCUCACUCCUUGUAUGGCAUGUCCCUAAUACAGCUUCGUGAUAAGGCACCGAGCCCGACGUAGACAUGUGUGGAAUGUGGAUAUUCUUAAUCAAAUUUAGACGUUAGAUGUACCCUGUUCGUUUAAGAAAUCUCGACAAACAUUUGGUUAAAAUCUAGCUUUUCUUCAGGCAGAAUGCAAAUAAGCAAGAGAAUAACCGUUCAGCUGAACACAAAGAGGAUUUAUGGCAUAUGCCUUUUUUGGGGUCUUUUUCGUGUAAAUAUCAGAGUAAAAAGUAAGUCUUGUAGCCAGCACAUUCCUGUAGUUUAUAACCGUAGGUCUGUAGGUCUAAUGUGUAACCUUCCCAAUUAAUACUUCUUCGAAAUCGAUAUUGCAAGAACAUGAAGAAAUUGUGCACAAUCGUCAAAAUGUUCAGUUUGACUUCCCAUUUUCAUUAGUUCGUUUUUGGUUGAGAUUUACUGAUUACAUAUUAAUACAGUAUAGACGGUGGUACAGUGAAACGUUGAGAACAGAAAUUUCAUGUCAUGCCAUGUCAUUUCGGGUCAUGUUUUAGUGGAGGACGUCACGUUGAAGGACCAUUAUUUAAUACGUCCAUUUGCUUGAAGUUAAAUUGCAGUGUGUUUUUAAUGAGGUUAUUUAAUGUGUUAGUUAUUAAGGAAGCUGUCGAUCUAGAGAUUAUCAUGUAUUUGUUCUGACCCAGAUCUUUUCGGUGUUCUACUCAUGUACCUCAGAGUAGUUGACUCCGGACCAUGAACGAACAGCGGUGCUGGUAAUUUACCAAGGCACCGUUAGAGAACUCAGAGUUUGGUGGAAGUAGACAUCGAGUCACCGAAGCGAGAACCAUGGAGGAGACCUUGCUUGUCCCCGCAUCUUCAACACGAUCAUUGGUGUGAUUGAGCUGAUCGGGAACGCCAUUGUGGCCACUGUUAUCUGCAAGGUGAAGUUCAUGCACACAUGUAACCAAUGCUUUCAUUUGCAACCAGGCUAUGGUGGAUUUCCUCGGCUCUCUCUUCCUGUUGGUAACCAGCAACAUCCCAGCCCCCGAUCCCCUCCCUGAUACUCAAGGCAACCGAAUUGUUUGCCAUCUCUGGCUGUCCAACUUUUUCGUAUUGGCCUGCUUCAUCUCCUCCUUCAACCUGGUGGUUCUCACCUGCGAGCGGCAGGCCUAUAUUUUGUAAAUAACA